AACACAUAUCUUUGUAUCACAUCCAAGAUUCAAGAAAAAAAAAUGGAGCUAAAUAGUGUUUCUAUUUCAAUAAGUGCAAAGUCCAGCACCAAGAAGAAGCUAAUGCUAUUUGGAGUUGAGCUUGAUCCAUCUCGAAUUCACGAGAAGGAUCAACCCUCGGUGGUGGAGGAAAGCGAUGAGAGUGUCAGUUCAUCGCCGCCUUCCUCCACAGUAACAGAGAAACCGCCGCCCGAUGAUGGAAAAAUCCCACCUCUGCCUCCUCUCCCGUCCGCGCCUCGGCCAACGCAGCCCGAGGCUAAAAAAUUCAAGUGCACAUGUUGUUUGAAGGUGUUUGCAAACUCACAAGCAUUGGGAGGCCAUCAAAAUGCCCACAAAAAUGAAAGAAUGAGGCAGAAAAGGCUGCAGCUCCAACUUCAAGCAAGAAAGGCCAGCAAAAACCUCAAUUAUUACAUCAAUCCAAUUUUCAACAAACUUAGUGAGCAAAAUAGUGAGAAUUUUGUCACUUUUUGUGGGUCUAAACCUGCUUUGCACAACAAGGAGGUUCGCAUAAAUUUUGGCUCAGACAUGAAUUAUGAUGACGAGAUUUCGAGAUGGUACGACGUAAGAUGUAAUAAUAAUUAUUAUAUGCAGCAAAAUAAUAAGCAUAGGUUUAGUCUAACACAAGUGGAUGAUUCUAGAGGGAAUUUUUUUCCCUCUUCACCUGAGUCAAAGAGGAUUUGUAAUAGAAAAGGAAUAGAGUUAGAUCUUCAAUUAGGGUUAGGUUUGUGAUAUUUUAUUUAUUAGUUUAUUCGAAUCUGUUUAUUUAUUAGUUUAUUCGAAUCUGUUUUCAAACUGUAUGGAGAAAGGUAGUAUAGUUAUAAAAUGUUUAUUUUUUUCUUUAUAUAUGCAAUCUUUGU